ACUGACCUCAUCAUGUUCGGAUGGGUUGCCGGUUUCUUCACCUAUGAGACGACCAAGUCGGUGGUGGUCAAGAGCUGGUUGGUGGGAAUUAUCAACCGUAUAGCUCAGCUCCUCAUUAUCAUUUACUUUGUUGGCUGGGUGUUUAUCCAUGAAAAGGCAUAUCAGGUCCGUGACACCGGGAUCGAGUCUUCAGUCAUGACUAAAGUAAAGGGCUUUGGCUUCUACAACAACACUCUGAUGGAUGUUGCAGAUUAUGUGAUGCCCAAACAGGGUGCCUCUAUGUUCUGCAUCAUCACCAGGAUGGUCAUGACACCCAAUCAGAUGCAGAGUACGUGUCCAGAGACUGACAGGACUUUUAGUUGCAACACUGAUAAUGACUGUAAACAACACAUUUCCUCAAACUUGCCAAGUGGGAAGAUAACGGGGAAGUGUGUCACUGAGGCAAAACGGUGUGAGAUUUUAGGCUGGUGUCCAGCAGAGGAUGACUUAAAAACCAAUGAAACAAUGCAGGAGGUUGAGAACUUCACAAUCUUUGUAAAGAACAGCAUUCACUUCCCUCGAUUCAAUGUCACAAGGGGGAAUUUAGGAAAAAAAAAUAAACUGAAAUGUGUCUUUGACCCUGAAAAUAACACAGACUGUCCCAUCUUCCGAGUGGCAGACGUGCUAAAAUACGCCAAUGUGGAUUUCCAACACAUCUCGACAAAUGGAGGAGAGAUUGGAAUUAAUAUCGCCUGGAUAUGCAAUCUAGACCAACAUGUGGACAACUGUAAACCCAAAUACACAUUCACACGUCUGGACAAUGCAUUUAAAGACAGUUCUAUCACAAAGGGAUACAACUUCAGGUUUGCAAAAUACUUUAAGACAGUAGAUGGCAAAGAAUAUCGCACACUUCAUAAAGCUUUUGCUAUUCGCUUUGACAUACUUGUAUCUGGCAACGCUGGAAAAUUUCACUUAAUCCCAACAGUUAUUAAUGUUGUUGCAGCUUGCACCUCAGUCGGCCUGGCAACGGUCCUCUGUGACAUCAUCCUGUUAAACUUCCUGAAAGGGGCUAAACAAUACAAGGCGAAGAAGUUUGAAGAGGUCUCAGAUUCUGUCAGUCGAUCUCCAAGUCUCGACUUAUAUCAGACCAGCCAGGUGACAAUUAAACGGGAAGAGAAGAGCUCAGAUGAUUCAGGGGCUUAUUCCAUUGGACAUCAUGUGUGAGCGACGGGCGCCUCGGCUGGAACGAAGAGAAGGAGAUUCAGUAUUCUGAACCUUGACACAUGUUACUCAAGGGGACAUCAGGUUUACAGCCAUCACCAAUUUCCAAUGUCCAGUAUCUCAACAUAAAUAUGAGUAUCUUCAUAAAAAUAAGUAAUGAGUAAGAAUUAUCGGUGGAAUUCUUAAGGUUAAACAUUUUAAAGAGUCAGGAACAAAGUCUCAGAAUUCAAGACGGAAGACUUAGACAAUAUGUUCUCAGUCCUCUUGUACUUUUACAUUCCUAGUGCUUUCUAAAGGCAAACUAUUCAGCGGUAUAGUAAAAAAAAAAAAAAAAAAAAAAGAAACGUCUCUUUUCA